UUGAUUGGUACAGCUAGCUUGUGGACCCAACCUUUCCUCUGAUUGGUUAUCGCAACAAUAAAGUCAGACUGGGUAUAGCGGGCAUGAAUUCUACACUGAAUGCGGCUUUAUUUAAAAAGUCAGAAGACCAUCCAGACGAAAGUAAAAACUACAACUCUCUCGUAACUGGUGCUGCCCGUAUGAUCAAAAGAUAGAAGCCCGGGAAUCAAAGGACAUUAGGUGUUCUGGUAAACAAUUUGAAAGGUAUAAAUAAUUAAUAAAACUAAAGCAACCUUCCAGCUACAUGUGCGACUCCCAUCGAACAACACGGAUCGAUUAAACUUUUGAGAGGACUUUGAAGUGGUCUUAGUUUACAAAUAUGAUCAGAGUAAUAUUACCAUUGCGAUUUUCUGUGGAGAAAAGAAAGUUGCUGUUUUUCUUCGCUAUUAUUACGAUCACUUUGUCGCAGCCUGCGCGAGGCAACGCACCGAAAAGACUCGACAAAUCUUGUGAAAAUGGUGUUUGUUUCAGAGAAGAAGAUCAAGGACCAUGUACUUCAAAUGACGAUGAGCCGAGGCUCUAUAGGUGGGAACCUAUUAAGGUACAUUUUCUGAGAGAAUUUAUAAGUGAUUUUCUUUGGUUAAAACGACAAAAGUGUCAGGAUUGAAGGAUGUAACUGGCAUAGUAAGCUGAUAUAUUUUAGUUUCUAGAGAUCGCACUCUAAACUGUAAAGCCUACACUUGAGUUAUUUUAGCGUUUUUUCCUACCUAAGAGCUUCAUUUCAUUAUUUACAUCUUAUAUCUUCAGUCUUAAACCAACUUACUCUUAAAGCUUGCUGCCAUGCAACAUUAAACAGCGACACCAUUUUGACUUACCAAACGGAAUCGAAAUCAAAAUGUAAAGCACGUGGUUACCUGUUGAAAUAACAAAAGAAACUUUCAACAAAUGAUAAGUGAAACCCGUAACUUACGCAAUAUCAAAGGCUGUACUCCACUGAUGGUUGAGUCUGGUUAAUUACUUGCAAAAACAUAUAUUGCUGACUUUUGAUUGGUUUGGAUUCAGCUAUAGCAAGCUUACUUAAUUUCCUGUGAGAGUUUUUUUUGUUAUGCAUGCUUGCGGUAACGAUGUAAUCCUAAACACAAUGCAGUCCUGAUUCUUUGAAAAAUUUAAACAACCAAAGAAAGUUAUGUUUCCAUAGCAUCAACAAAACAGGUUAGAGAAGUAACCAGCUCGUUCCCAGGUCAUUCGUCUUAGUCUUUUUCUGAUACAAAAAAAGGCCCUAAGAACGAGAUUAGCGUCGUACUUUUAUAAAGUCACUAAUGAAAAGUUCUGCUUUGCAUCUCAGUCUAUAAUAAAUUAUUUUAAACACCCUGGAAAGUGUCCUUCAUGUGUCAGCACGUGGGUUUUGGUUUAUAUUUUUCCGGCACCGAUGUAGAAAGGUCACGUGAGAGAGCUUGAGCUCGAGCCAGGAAGAAUUUUCAAGAUGAUAACACUCUCCUCGAAGCCUCCGUUAUUUGAAAUACCAGAUUUUCUGGACGAAAGUGAAAGCAAUCACAUCAUUAGUUUGGCCGAAAAGGUUGGCCUGCGAGGGAGUGAUCUCCACCUUGAUGAAGAACUCGAGAAAAGCAAAGAAGUGGUUCGAGGAAAUGCAAGUGGUUCUGCUGGGAAUUUCUUUAAUUGGGACAGAAAUGAAGAUGGAGUCAUUUCAAGAGACGAGAUCAUUAACUUUGCGGAAGAUUUUAAAUAUCUUUACCUCAGUCCAGAGGAAGUAGAUAAUAUGAUAAGCAAGCUGAACAUUGAGGAAUUUGAUGAUGAGCAAGUAACCCAAAAAGAGUUUGCCACACUGCCGACAGCUGCCAUGGACGAAUACAUGAACGAUAUUAAAGAAAAGCACCCAGCACACCGCGAGCGGUUUAGUAACCAGGCCUGGCUACUUCAAGGAAAGCGGGCUGAUCACGUGCUACAAAGAUUGCGAAAGAGGCUUGCUAAACUUUUGAGGCUUUCAGAUCGAACCAUAAGAGGAGGCGAACCUCUACAGGUGGUCAAGUAUGAUGUAGAUGGUCAUUAUAAUGCUCACUAUGAUAGUCAGAAUGUGGCCAAUCAAUCACACGUUAAAUGCUGCCACUUGGAGCUGGCUUUGCUGCCGAACUGUAGAGUCUGCAGGUACGCUACAGUGUUGUACUAUCUAAAUGAUGUGAAGUACGGAGGAGAAACUGCGUUUCCUGUUGUCGACGAGAACACUUUUGAUAAACAGGCAUGGAUCAAUACCAUGCAACACGACAAGUUUAACUUAAUGCAGUACUGUCACGAUGGUAACCUAGUGGUAUCACCAAAACGAGGCAAGGCGGUCAUGUGGUACAAUCACUUCGUAGAUGAAGAAACAGGUUGGUUGGGAGAGAUGGAUGAAUAUUCCCUGCACGGCGGCUGUGGUCUGUGGUCUGGAGUCAAGUGGAUUGCCAACAACUGGAUUACAUCCACUGACGCACCGUGGGCUCAUUUUAAAAGCGAUCACGAUACCGAAGACAGAUAAGCGGCUGAUAUCAACAAAAUAGAUCCUUAUUAGAAUGUUCAGAGCCUUUCUAUUUUUCAACGCACUCGAUGGAAAAAGCGAGGGCGAACGCACAUAGGGGUGGGGGCGGGAUAGGCAAGACGUAUUACAAACGAGAUCACAAAUGUCUUUGCGUCGGACUCGAUCGCAAUAAAUUGUUAUUAAAUGGCUCGUUAUUGACAACAAAGUACAUCGGCUCCGUUUAGUCAGGAAGUCACGUGUGCCCACGGACGAUUUUUCAUAAUCCUUCAUAGAAUCAACGGAACGUCAACUGCUUGGAAUUCUUUGGACUGUUGCAUAUGCUAACUUUCCUUACUCUUCUGAAUGGCGUUAGAGUGCUAUCCUUCUUCAAAUGUUUAUCCGUAGAAUUUCUAUAAGCUUGUUUCUCCCUCACUUUGUAAUAAAAUAAAGUGAAAACAAAACAAGGUA